AUGGCUUCCACAGAUGGUCUUGACGAGGUCGAUGCACAGCUCAAGGCUGUCAUCGACAACUUGUACAUGUUGAUCUGUCAGGCGCACGAGUUCCGCGGCACCCAGACUCAAGAGGCCAUGACCUUUGAGAUCAAACGCCUAAUCCAAAAUCUACUCGCCCUCUGCCAAACCGCGCGUACCCUCCCGACCGGUCUACCACAAGAAAUCAUCGAAUACGUCGAGCGAUCGCGCAACCCUGAUAUCUACACCCGCGAGUUCGUCGAGCUGGUCCAGAGACUCAAUCAACAGCUCAAAGGUAGAAGCCAAGCCUUCGCCGACUUCAGAGACAUUCUGGCAAGAGAGAUGACGGGUGCACUACCCGACUGCAAACAAGACAUCAAAAUGGUCGUUGAGAGUACUGGCGGCAACCCUCCUGUCUGA